AUGAACAUAUUCAACGAAAAGAAACAAUACCAAGAAUAUAGCCAAGUUUUUAUCAACAACGUUAUUUACAAAACUAAUGAAGCUGUAGUAAUUGAAAACCAAGGGGAAAAAUAUGUAGGAAUAAUAUGCAAAAUAAUUGACAACAAUAAUAACGAAACUCAGCUGUGUGUUAGAAAAUACAUUUUCGCUAAAAAGUUGAAGAAACUGUUUAAUCAACAAGGACAAGAUUAUGAUGAAGCUAAUGAGGUUGUUCAGGAUUUGUCGUGUUACUAUAUUGUAAAUAUUUCGAAUAUCAUUAGUAAAUGUGUGGUAGCUUUCCUUUCUAUGGAAGAUAGCAUCUACUAUGUAUUAAGCAAUAAUUUAAAUCCCAGUGUUUAUUAUUCCUGUCGUUUUGCUUUGAAAGGGAGCCAGCUGUUUCCCGUCGAAAAAACCAUAAUUAAAGAAAUAUAUUUUGAAGAGAAAACUACGAUUAGUAACGAAAACACGCCUAUUACAAGCAGCAUAUGUCGCAUCGAAAUGCAGUUCGAUGAUGAAAAGGCCUCUCCACCUACUCGAAGAAAUUCUGUCAAAAGAGAUUUGAAUAAAUCGUUUGGUUAUUCAUCACCAACCAAUCAAAAAUCUAUCUUAAACUAUUCCAUAAUAUCAUCAUCUGACGAAGAAAAUGACUUGAAAUUGAAAUUGAGAGUUUCGAAAAGAGACAAUCAAACGUCUAAGUCUAAAGACACUUGUACUACUCCUCCUAAAUACAGACGAUCAGCUAGAGAUGUCCCCAGAAAGUCCUAUGUGGACUAUAUAAGUCCUAAAAAGAGGCAACAUGGAAGAAAAAGCGAAUCUGAUGGUUGCGAUUUUAAAGAUCCGCAAGAAAGUACACCCAAAAAACAGCCUAGGAAGGAGAUCUCAAGACGAUCACAAAGAAUCAUAAAAACCCCACAGCGUUACGUAGAUGACACUACAAGCACCCAGAGAAAAACACCAGUUAGGAGAAGUCUAAGGCUACUUAGCGAAGACUUACAGUUGGCUCAGAACAAAGAAAAUGAAGUUGACAGAGACAAUCGCCCAGCAAAAGAAAGUGACUGUUUGGACGAUUCAUUGAGAAAAAAUAUCUUCAAGACAAAUUUGAAAAGCACAAUUUCAAAUGAAGACAAAAACAUUCUAAAUGACUCCAAUUGUGGAACUCACAAUGGUACAAAACUAAACGGCGACGAUAACAGAAUUAUGAAUAUAAAUUCAGAGUUAAAAGUACAACUGUCCAAAUUGAAUUUGAGUACAAGCACUGAAACCAGUUCAGACGACUCUUCAGAAUCCGAUGUAACUGAUAGGGAAUCUAAACCAAAAAGUAAACGAAAAAGUACACCGAAAAAAAUUAAAAUAGCCAACGACAGCCAGAAAGUACCCAAAACUCCCAGGCAGGUCUCGAUCGAGUCAACCCGCAGCCCAAGAACGCCCAAGAAUAGAGCAAGGCUCAUCCGAGAAGGUGUCAUUACACCGUCAAUGCAAGAAAGGAGCACCAAAGUCGAGGAAAACAAGACGCCCUUAAUGCGUGCCAAAAGUCAACUGCACUUAUCCUACAUUGUCGAUUCGUUGCCUUGCAGAGAAAAAGAAUACAGCGAUGUUCAAAAUUUUAUUGAGGGUAAAUUAUUGGACGGCUGUGGAGGGUGCAUGUACAUAUCCGGAGUACCCGGUACAGGAAAAACUGCCACAGUUACAUCGGUGAUAAAAAGUUUGCAAAAAAACAAAAAAAUACCCCGGUUCGAUUUUAUUAGCAUCAAUGGGAUGGCUUUAUCGGAACCUAGACAAUCCUAUGUUGAGAUACUAAAGCAGCUUAGAGGAAAAACGCAUUCUUGGGAACAAGCGCAGAAUAUAUUAGAAGAUAUCUUUGUUAAACAGAAAAAAAUACCUCCGAUCGUCAUGUUGAUAGAUGAAUUAGAUAUUUUGUGUACCAAGCGACAGGACGUAGUUUACAACUUACUCGAUUGGCCAACGAAAGCUAAGAACCAGCUCAUCGUAAUUACCAUAGCGAAUACAAUGGACUUGCCCGAAAGACUACUGAUGAGCAGGGUUACCAGCCGUUUGGGUUUGACCCGAUUAACAUUCCAAGCUUAUACUUACAAGCAAUUGCAAGAAAUCGUUUCUAAGCGAUUGUGCGGUACUGACACUUUCAACUCUGAUGCCAUUCAGUUUGUGGCCAGAAAAGUUGCUUCGGUGUCUGGCGAUGCCAGAAGAGCUCUAGACAUAUGCAGACGAGCGGUAGAAAUUGCUGAGACGAGUGGAUCUGAGCAAAUGGUCAACAUUAGUCACGUCGAUCAAGCUCUAAAUGCCAUGAUAACCCAACCUAAAAUAUUAGCUAUUAUGAGUUGCUCGAAAUUGGAAAAAUUAAUUUUGCAGUCCAUAGUCGCCGAAGUGGAGAGAACAGGGGUAGAGGAAACGACGUUCUGUGAUGUAUACAAAAUGCUUAUCACUUGCAGUAGUAUCGAAGGAUUCAAAAUUACAUCUCCGACUGUGGCCCAAAGGUCUGUAGCCCGAUUGAGCGCCUAUAAGCUAAUAUUGACUGAUCAAAAAUGCAACAAUAUAAACCAGAAGAUUAUUUUGAACGUGAGUAUAGAUGACGUUUUCUAUGCUCUUAAUAAAAAUUAG